GUGACGUCAGGCGCGGCCGUGACGUCGCGCGCAGCCGCGGAGCGCGGCCGCCGUCCGUGCCCGGGAGUCCUGGUCGCGCGCUCGCGGCCUCCCCCCGCCCGCCGCCGGUGAGCUGUGCUGCUGGAUGUUGAGGUUCAGUGAUUUUAUGUUGGGUUUUUAGAAGACAAAUGGAUUAAUGAAGAAUUCUAGUGAAGGAAGGGGAGGAAAACAUGGAUCGGUUUGGAACAAACUGAGACCUACGCAGGCCAUGGGUGAGACAGACCCACCCAGCACCAUUCUCACCAUCAGCUGUCUUCUGGGACCCUGAGAGCUGCCUGCAGACCUCCUGCUGACUGCCCCGUGCUGCUUGGAAAUGGUGGCUGCAGAAUGGAUUCCAUGAGGUUCCUGUGGAUCCCCGAGCACCGAGCGGCCGCUGCACCCACAAAGAGGCCUGGGGGGUCCGGAGGCAGGAGCCAGUAGGCCGAGGGCAGAGCGCGGGCUCCGCAGCACGGCCCCCCUCACCAGGGCAGGAUUUAGAGCUCAGCCUCGCGCCAGCUGCUCCCGGCUCCGGGGCCAAGGCACAAAGAAGGAAAAUUAAACGUGCCCGGCGGGGGGACCAGGGAGAGCCCCCGGCAGUGCCGCACAGGGGCAGCCAGGACCCCCCCGCGCUGCUGCGGCUCAGCACGGAUUAAAAAGGAGAAGUGGCUUCCUUGGGGCUCGGCUGCUCCGCACGGAGCUUCCCGGGACUCGUUCCUGCCCAGCGGCACUGCUGGAAGCUGCUCCUGGGCCUCGAGCACUGGAGAAGCCCCUUCCCCGUGGAGCCUGGUUGCUGCCCAGGGCACUGAGGACCUGCUCUUCCCAGGCUGCUGCUGGACCGAGGGACGCUCCCGAGGACUCGGUUCCUGCCCCAGUGACUGCUCUCACCCCACAUCCAGGGCUCCGGCCCCAGAUUUUAAUGGUUUCACCCCACCUGUGCUGUGCCCGUGAGCCCCCGCAGGGCAGAGCCUAGUGCCGGCUCCUGCCCAGCCUCGUGCCCUGGGACCGCCGGGGGUGUCCGGGCUGCUCCGGCCGCGCUCCGCUGGGAGCACGCGGGGGCUGGGGGCCGGUCUGCCCCGUCCCCCUGCCCUUCUCGCCUGGCGCUGACCCGCGGGGCCUGGGCUAUGCUGCGGGGCGGACCCCCCACCCCAGCUCCACCAUGCCAGCAGCUUCUGGAAAGAGAUUCAAACCCAGCAAGUACGUCCCGGUCUCGGCUGCUGCCAUCUUCCUAGUGGGAGCCACCACCCUCUUCUUUGCCUUCACGUGCCCGGGGCUCAGCCUCAACGUGUCCCCAGUCAUUCCCAUCUACAAUGCUGUCGUCUUCCUCUUUGUGCUGGCCAACUUCAGCAUGGCCACCUUCAUGGACCCUGGCAUAUUCCCACGAGCGGAGGAGGACGAGGACAAGGAGGACGAUUUCCGUGCCCCGCUCUACAAGACGGUGGAGAUCAAGGGCAUCCAGGUGCGCAUGAAGUGGUGUGCGACCUGCCGCUUCUACCGCCCGCCACGCUGCUCCCACUGCAGCGUCUGCGACAACUGCGUGGAGGAGUUCGACCAUCACUGCCCCUGGGUCAACAACUGCAUCGGGCGGCGCAAUUACCGCUACUUCUUCCUGUUCCUGCUGUCGCUCACCACGCACAUCAUGGGUGUGUUUGGCUUCGGGCUGCUCUACGUGCUCUACCAGGUGGAGGAGCUCUCCGGUGUCCGCAUGGCCGUCACGAUGGUGGUGAUGUGCGUGGCCGGACUCUUCUUCAUUCCUGUUGCUGGCCUGACCGGCUUCCACGUGGUGCUCGUGGCAAGGGGCCGCACCACCAACGAGCAGGUUACAGGCAAGUUCCGCGGUGGCGUCAACCCCUUCACCAACGGUUGCUGUAAGAACGUGAGCCGGGUCCUUUGCAGCUCCCCUGCCCCCAGGUACCUCGGGCGCCUGAGGGCCGAGCAGACGGUGCUGGUUAGACCUCCCUUCCUGCGCCCCGGGGUGUCAGACGGUCAGAUCACGGUCAAGAUCAUGGACAAUGGUAUCCAGACAGAGCUGAAGAGGACGAAGUCCAAAGGAAGCCUGGAGGUGACCGAGAGCCAGUCUGCUGACGCCGAGCCGCCACCCCCCCCUAAGCCAGACCUCAGCCGCUACACGGGCCUGAGGACACACUUAACCCUGGCCACCACCGAGGACAGCAGCUUGCUAGGCAAGGACAGCCCCCCGACCCCCACCAUGUACAAGUACCGGCCCGGCUAUAGCAGCAGCAGCAGCUCAGCAGCCUUGCCCCACUCCACCAGUGCCAAGCUGAGCCGAGUGAACAGCCUGAAGGAGCCCAACUCCAUCGGUGAGAGCGGCCACAAGCCCAGCUACCGCUCGGAGCCCAGCUUGGAGCCUGAGAGCUUCCGCUCACCCACCUUCAGCAAGAGCUUCCACUUCGACCCCCUCUCCAGCGGGUCCCGCUCCUCCAGCCUCAAGUCGGCGCAGGGCACGGGCUUCGAGCUGGGCCACCUGCAGUCCAUCCGCUCCGAGGGCACCACCUCCACCUCCUACAAGAGCCUGGUGAACCAGACACGCAACGGCAGCCUCUCGUACGACAGCCUCCUCACGCCCUCCGACAGCCCCGACUUCGAGUCGGUGCAGGCGGGCCCGGAGCCGGAGGCACCGGUGGGAUACACAUCACCCUUCCUGUCGGCGCGCAUCGCGCAGCAGCGAGAGACCGACCUGCACGGCCGCUUCGGCAGCGCCGCGCCGCCCCGCGAGCCCUCACCCGUGCGCUAUGACAAUCUGUCCCGACACAUCGUGGCCUCCAUCCAGGAGCGGGAGAAGCUGCUGCAGCAGCCGCCGGCCGCGGGCCGGGAGGAGGACGUGGGGCCGGUGGCCGGGGGGGUGCAGUCGCCGCCGCGCUCCAGCGGCUCCUUGGACGAUUCCAAGCGCUCGCCCCUGGGCAAGAACCCGCUCCCGCGCCCGGCCCUGCCCCGCUUCGGCAAGCCCGAGCCCCCCGGCGCGCUGCGGGCGCGCUCCCUGGGCUCCCCCGAGCAGCCCCAAGCCCCUCACCUCGGCAAGUCCGUGUCCUACAGCAGCCAAAAACCAGCCCCUCAGGCCGGCGUCUCCGAGGCGGAGGAGGUGGCCCUGCAGCCCCUGCUGCCACCCAAGGACGAGGUGCAGAUGCGAGGAGCCCACAGCAAGUCCAACGGGCAGCCCAAGAGCCUGGGCCCGGUGCCCACGGGCACGGGGCCGGUGCCACUCAGCAGCCCCACGCGUGGAGGCGUCAAGAAGGUCUCUGGCGUGGGGGGCACCACCUACGAGAUCUCGGUGUGAGCUGGCACCGCUCAGCCCGUCCUGUGGGCACAGGGCUCGUCCCACGCCUGGAUGCUGCGGGCACCGGGGGCACCGGCUCCGCUGCUCCUCCCGCCCCCGCUGGGGCUCAUGCAAUGGCCUCACGCCGCGGGAACGGAGUUUUUAAAGCAGAACACUUUUUUUUAUGAUUAUUGUUACGGAUUCUAUUUUUUUUCUCUUUCUGAGUUUCGGGGUGUGUGUACAUAGAAAUAUCUAUAUCUAUAAAUAUAAAUAUUCGAAAAAGAAGCAGAAAUUAUAUUAUCUUACCCAGAGAGAGGAAGAAAUGACCCGUUCCCUGUGCAGGGCCAGGGCCCCGGCCCCAGAGCAGGGAUGUGGGGCUGGUGCCUCCUCCUGUGCUGAUGCUGGAGCUGUGGGGCUGCGGACACUUGGACACGCUCCUCCCCGGCUCUUCGCCUGUGAAGCACCAGCCCCGGGGCUGUGAGGAGGAGGAAGGGUCAUGGGGCAGUCCCAGCCCCAGUGCAUGGACAGGGGCCGGUGCAGCUGCAGCCCCCACUGCAGCUCCUGCUCUGUGUGCCCGGGGCAGUCUGUGCCGUGGGGCUGGUGAGGCUCUCGCUGUCACACACGGGUUUUGUGGCCACCGGGCGCACCCCUUUAGCAAUAUUUCCUCAUCACAUGCCAAAAGCCACCCGCAGCCAAGGAGCCCGCGCUCCCUUCGCGCCAAGGCCGCACACUUGAGGCACUAUGGACUCCUCGCCGCAAUACCUGCCCCGUGGCCGCGCGGGGCCAGGCCCUUGGUUUUUAUUGAUUACCCAUUUUAAAAACGAGGAAUAAAAGGCUAUUUAAUGAGGCA